AAUCGGUCAAUAGUGAGUGCCUCCUUCUGUGUACACUGCACGCGACACCUCCAAAUCGCAAACAUCAGAAAAUUAUGAGGCGUCGGUCCGUCAGCUAUGGCUAGUGUCUCAUCUAUACAAACGUCCCCCGCACCCCUGACACCUCCCCUCUCCCUUCCACAUAUCAGUCAGCUACAUCCUGCUCCGUUUGAUGCCGCUGAGCGACAUGGUGGGUGAGCCCGCCUCCAGCCCCGCGCCCGCGUCCCUCUUGCGCUUCGGGCUGCCGUCGAAACCCUCGGCAAACAGCGCCUCUCUCGGCAACAGGGUGACCGUCACGAGGCCCAUUUUGCCGGUGGUGGAUGGGUGUGGUGGGUUGGCUCCUUUGCCCUGCAGAGUGGAGGCCGACCGCUUGAGGAGGCCCAGGAGGCCGCUGGGGCCCUGGCAGAUGCCGUCGAAGGCCGCGUGCGCCCGGUAGUGGGGCAGCAGCGUCUGCAACUCCAGCUGAACCAAACCCGCUGCAUUCGUACAAACAGGGACAGAGAGAGAGAGAGAUGGAUGAGAUGAGACACACAGAGAGAGAUGAUGGAUGGAUGGAUGUCUCCUCAUUCAUUUCGCACCGACCGAAGUAUGACGUGUACGCCAAAUGCCUGACUUUGGCCACCUCGGGCCCCUUGACAGCGCAUGCCUCAGUGAGGAUAGGCUCGAACUCGACGACGGUCUUGCCCUUGAAGGGGUCCGCCUUGGCCACCAAGGCCACCGCACACCCGUCUGCCAAACUCUGCAAGGCCUCGUCCUCUGGCAUGUCGAUGUGGAUGUCGUCCUUGGACAACUCGAAACCCAGGUGGGUGAACUCGCGGUGGGCCCUGACGCGGGAGGUGAUGGAGGCGUCUACGAGCACCGGGGCCCCGUAGGUCAAGAACUGGACAACAUAGGGGAAGAGCGCCGGGUCAGCCUCGACGGACAGGGCCUGCGCGGCGUUGUCGGGCAGCGCCUAAGCGACACAACCGCCAAUAUGAUGCAUGCGAGAGCGCAGGUGUGGCUCUUGCGGUGGGAUGUACUCACCUGGACCUGCUGCGCCAGUUUUGAGUUUGGGUACCGCAGGAGGGCCUCUCUUCUCACACGGAACUCGACACCGCAUACACUUACACGCACAUCUGACGCCGGGGCUGCCAUCGGCCUCCUUAUUCACGAC